AUGCAAUUCAAAACUGUCGUCGUCGCUUUAGCCUCUGCUGCUAUUGUCUCAGCUCAAAACGCUACCAACGCUACUGGUCACAAUGGUACUAACGGUACCAACGGUACUUCAUCAGUCUCAACCGCUGGUGCUGCUUCAAACGCUAUGGGUGCUGGUGUUUUCGGUGCUGCUGUCGCUGCUGUCAUUUUAAAAUAA